CUGUAAGGCGGGCAGAGUACAGAGGAGGAGAUGUACAACAACCAAUCAGCUGGUCCCGCCCUCGAUGAGUUCCUCGACCUAUUGGGACAGAGAGUGAAACUGAAGGGAUUCACCAAGUACAGAGCACAGCUCGACAACAGGACUGACUCAACAGGAACCUACUCCCUGUACACCACCUAUAAGGACUAUGAACUGAUGUUCCAUGUGUCAACCCUGCUCCCCUACACCCCCAACAACAGACAACAGCUCCUGAGGAAGAGGCACAUAGGGAACGACAUUGUGACCAUUGUGUUUCAGGAACCUGGGACUCUGCCCUUCACCCCUAAAAACAUCCGCUCACACUUCCAACACGUCUUUGUCAUCGUCAAGGUCCACAACCCCUGUACUGAGAACGUCUGCUACAGCGUUGCUGUCUCUCGUUCUAAAGACGUCCCUCUGUUCGGCCCUCCAAUCCCCAAGGCAGUGACCUUCCCCAAGUCCGCUGUGUUCCGAGACUUCCUAUUGGCCAAGGUCAUCAAUGGGGAGAACGCCGCCCACAAAUCUGAGAAGUUCCGUGCCAUGGCAACCAGAACGCGCCAGGAGUACCUCCGCGACCUGGCCGAGAACUUCGUGUCCACGGCGACCAUGGACUCUGCUGUGAAGUUCAGUUUCAUCACACUGGGAGCGAAGAAGAAAGAGAAGGCCAAACCUCGUAAAGACGCUCACCUGUUCUCUGUCGGCGCCAUCACCUGGUCCGUCACCGCACGGGACUUUGGCCAAUCAGCAGACGUGGACUGUCUCUUGGGCGUGUCCAACGAGUUCAUCAUUUUAAUAGAGGAGCAGUCUAAGAACGUGGUCUUCAACUGUUCCUGUCGUGAUGUCAUCGGAUGGACAUCUGGGAUUAUUAGCAUCAAGAUCUUCUACGAGAGAGGAGAGUGUGUGCUGUUGUCUGCUCAGGAUGGCUGUGAAGAAGAUAUACGAGAAAUGGUGCAGAGACUAGAGAUAGUGACGCGUGGUUGUGAGACAUCUGAGAUGACACUGCGUCGGAACGCUCUGUGCCAGCUGGGUUUCCACGUCAACUUCGAGGGCAUCGUGGCCGACGUUGAGGCCUUCGGGUUCGCUUGGAAGGCGGGGCUUCGCCAGGGUAGCCGAUUGGUGGAGAUCUGUAAGGUUGCCGUAGCAACGCUGACCCACGAACAGAUGAUCGACCUGCUGAGAACCUCCAUCGCAGUCAAGGUGGUCAUCAUCCAGCCUCAUGACGAUGGAGCGCCACGCAGGGGAUGUUCUGAGCUGUACCGUAUCCCAAUGGUAGAGUAUAAAUUGGACAGUGAGGGGACGCCAUGUGAGUACAAGACCCCAUUUAGACGAAACACCACCUGGCACAGGGUACCCACGUCAGCAGGUCAGCCGUCCAAUCCCAACACCCGGUGCUCCCCCACCCAGAGACACCCCGACCGGGCAGGCAGAGACAGGAUGGGACAGCAGGUCCUUCAGCAGGGACAGACUGCUAUCCCACGAUCCACCUCCUUCGAUAGAAAGCUGCCAGAUGGAUCCAGGGCUGACUGUGAGAACCCGCAGGUGACCGUGUGUAAUAAGGGAGACCAGCACUACCGCAGUUCCCCUAGCAACCAGUCGUCGUCUAGUGACCCAGGACCCUGUGGAAGUGGAACCUGGUCUCAACCUCCUGGAUACGACGGGUCCUCGGUCCUCCAUGAGUGCUCCAGAGAGCUACAGGGGGGAGACAGAGAGGGGUACAGGGACACCCUCAGAGAGCCCACCCUUGAGAGUACCCGGUUGGCAGAGGCCAAGUGGCAUAUCCCCUCCACCAAGAUCCUCAACUCUCGGAAACAGAGGGAUGGGGGCAAGGAGUCGCCCAACAAGCAGAACCGGGGGGGAGAGAAGACAUCCAGCCACUCCAGCUGUAACACCCUCUCCUCCAACGCCUCCUCUAAUAACAGUGAUGAUAAACACUUUGGCUCUGGAGAUCUGAUGGAUCCUGAGAUCCUGGGGUUGACGUACAUUAAAGGAGCCUCAACAGACAGCGGGAUUGACACCAACCCCUGUAUGGGGCCUGGGGGGAGGUUACUAAUGCAGGGGGGUUGUGGGGGUGAGGGGGGACACACCAAGGAUGGCUGCGAAGGAGAGGAUCAUGGGAAACUUUACCUGCCCCCAGGAUAUGCGUCAGCGAUCAUGAGUGGUCACGUGACAGAGGGAAGCAUUGGGGACCUGAGUGAGAUCUCAUCACAUUCACACUCCUCCCACUCCAGUGGGUCCCACCACAGUGGCAGUCCCCUAGCGCGGGGAGCCCGGUACUGUGUAUCAGCUGACUCCUCCCGGGUCUACACAUUCCCUCAGACCAGCUCAGGGGCAGGUCCUGGGCAAGGGGCAGGGCUAGAAGCCAGUGGACAGACACGCCCACUUCCUGGUUCCAAACGCCUGAUGAAGACUGAAGACUCGCCCACUAACGAAGAGCCUAAACUGUUAGAGUGUGGGCAGUUGUACCUCCAGGAGGCAGCAUGUCACCAGGCAGCAGAUAGGGAGAGAGAGGCCAAGGCCCUGGAGAAGCUGUCUAAAGAAGAGUACCUAAAGAUGAUGCUGGAGGACAGUGGCCCAGGGGAGGACGGACGGAGGAAGAUGUCUGCGACGGGCAGCCUAUCACCACGGCGCUCCCUGUACCGUACCCUAUCAGACGAGAGUGUGUGUAGCAGCAACAGAAAGGGCUCGUCCUACGCCUCCUCCCAUAGCUCCAUGCUGGACCAGGCGCUGCCCAAUGACAUCCUGUUCUCCACCACUCCACCCUAUCACGCCACCCUGCCACCACGCAUGCCAGGACAGGGGGGCUCCAACCUCAGGAAUGAGUUCUGGUUCUCUGACGGCUCGCUGGCUGACAGGUCAAAGUUCAACGACCCUGGUCUCAUGCCCCUCCCUGACUCCGCCUCCGGACUCGACUGGUCACACCUGGUGGACGCUGCACGCACUUUCGAAGACCAGCGGGUGGCGUCUUUCUGCACCAUGACAGACAUGCAGAGGGCCGAGGCGCUCCAAAUCUCAAAGGAACUGACCAGACGCGUGGCUGCAGCUGAGGGGGCCGCCCUAGAGGCAGGGAACAACUCCCCCUCCACUCUGACUGGUAAAGUCAACCAACUGGAGGUGAUCCUGAGACAACUGCAGUAUGACCUCAGAAAGGAGAAGGAGGACAAGGUGUUGCUGCAGGUAGAGGUGCAGCACCUGAGACAAGACAACAUGAGACUACAGGAGGAGAGUCAGACAUCAGCCGCUCAACUCAGGAAGUUUACUGAAUGGUUCUUCCACACUAUCGACAAGAAACCCUGAAACUCUACUGGACUAUUAAUGCCCCUGGGGAACAAUGGAACUCUACUACCCCAGGGGGUAACAGAACUCUGAGGACUACUGCCAUACUACUGCACUGAGAGAGACCUACUGCCCAAGGAGCAAUGGAACCCUUUACUGCCCUGGGGGGGGGGGACUUGACUUCUCGAAUGCCACAUGGACAGAACAUUUCUACAAACUACAAACUCCCUGGGGCCCCAGGGACAAAAACAUAACUAUUCAAGGAAACCCUGUUCUGUGUGGGAGAGCCUGUCCUGGGGGACCCCUCUUUCUCUGUCCCCUGGGGAUCCCUCUGUCCUGGGGAACCCCUCUUUCUCUGUCCCCUGGGGAUCCCUCUGUCAUGGGGAACCCCUCUUUCUCUGUCCCCUGGGGAACCCCUCUGUCCUGGGGAACCCCUCUUUCUCUGUCCCCUGGGGAACCCCUCUUUCUCUGUCCCCUGGGGAACCCCUCUUUCUCUGUCCCCUGGGGAACCCCUCUGUCCUGGGGAACCCCUCUUUCUCUGUCCCCUGGGGAACCCUCUUUCUCUGUCCCCUGGGGAACCCCUCUGUCCUGGAGAACCCCUCUUUCUCUGUCCCCUGGGGAACCCUUAUUUCUCUGUCCCCUGGGGAUCCCUCUUUCUCUGUCCCCUGGGGGACCCCUCUUUCUCUGUCCCCUGUGGAACCCCUCUUUCUCUGUACCCUGGGGAUCCCUCUGUCCUGGGGAACCCCUCUUUCUCUGUCCCCUGGGGAACCCCUCUUUCUCUGUCCCCUGGGGGACCCCUCUUUCUCUGUCCCCUGUGGAACCCCUCUUUCUCUGUACCCUGGGGAUCUCUCUGUACCCUGGGGAUCCCUCUGUCCUGGGGAACCCCUCUUUCUCUGUCCCCUGGGGAACCCCUCUUCUCUGUCCCCUGGGGAACCCCUUUUUCUCUGUCCCCUAGGGAACCCUCUUUCUCUGUCCCCUGGGGAACCCCUCUGUCCUGGGGAACCCCAUCUUUCUCUGUCCCCUGGGGAACCCUUCUUUCUCUGUCCCCUGGGGAUCCCUCUUUCUCUGUCCCCUGGGGAUCCCUCUUUCUCUGUCCCCUGGGGGACCCCUAUUUCUCUGUCCCCUGUGGAACCCCUCUUUCUCUGUCCUGGGGAACCCCUCUUUCUCUGUCCCCUGGGGAACCCCUCUUUCUCUGUCCCCUGGGGAACCCCUCUUUCUCUGUCCCCUGGGGGACCCCUCUUUCUCUGUCCCCUGUGGAACCCCUCUUUCUCUGUACCCUGGGGAUCCCUCUGUCCUGGGGAACCCCUCUUUCUCUGUCCCCUGGGGAACCCCUCUUUCUCUGUCCCCUGGGGAACCCCUCUUUCUCUGUCCCCUGGGGAACCCCUCUUUCUCUGUCCCCUGGGGAACCCCUCUUUCUCUGUCCCCUGGGGAACCCCUUUUUCUCUGUCCCCUGGGGAACCCCUCUUUCUCUGUCCCCUGGGGAACCCCUCUUUCUCUGUCCCCUGGGGGACCCCUCUUUCUCUGUCCCCUGUGGAACCCCUCUUUCUCUGUACCCUGGGGAUCCCUCUGUCCUGUGGAACCCUCUUUCUCUGUACCCUGGGGAUCCCUCUGUCCUGGGGAACCCCUCUUUCUCUGUCCCCUGGGGAACCCCUCUUUCUCUGUCCCCUGGGGAACCCCUCUUUCUCUGUCCCCUGGGGAACCCCUUUUUCUCUGUCCCCUGGGGAACCCCUCUUUCUCUGUCCCCUGGGGAACCCCUCUGUCCUGGGGAAUCCCUCUGUCCUGGGGAAUCCCUCUGUCCUGGGGAAUCCCUCUGUCCUCUGGGGAACCCCUCUGUCCUGGGGAACCCCUCUGUCCCCUGGGGAACCCCUUAAGAGGAAUCAACUUAUUGCCUGCUAUCUGCACCAGGAAUCAACUUAUUGUCUGCUAUCGGCACCAAGAGGAAUCAACUUAAUGUCUGUUCCUUUAUCUGCACCACGAGGCACCAAGAGGAAUCAACUUAAUGUCUGCUAUCUGCACCAGGAAUCAACAUGGUCUGCUAUCUGCACCAGGAAUCAACAUGGUCUGCUAUCUGCACCAGGAAUCAACAUGGUCUGCUAUCUGCACCAACCAUGUGGCAGACCUGGACUGUAAAGGCACAGUGGGAUUAAAGAAUGUAGCCCAACUGACCUGAGAAGUAUUUUUUACUGUCUGUUUCCUCAACGUUCCCUAAAGUCACAAACACUUAGAAGCCAACCUGAUGUUUGAUCCAAACGCUUUGAUUUGAAAUAGUUAUGUUUAAAUCUUUAUGUUCUUCAAUGUUGUAAUAUAGAAUCACGAAAGGGGCAGUAGGGUUGAUGUUAAAAGGUGCUCUCCUGUUGUUGCUGUCGGAUGAAAACUUCAUAUCUCCACAACAGAACGUUUUCAGGAAAUGGGAAAAACUGCCAUAUUUUCCCAUUAACAAUUUACGAAACCUCCAAAGUAAAAAAAAAAAAAAAACUAAAAUCAAUUUCUUGUCCUAGAGUCAUGAAGUGUUGAGAGUA